AGUGGAGACGAUCAUGAAGUUUGUGAAGCUUUUCGGUCGCUUAAAGUCGAACAUCAUUGGCAUGAUCCAUGUAGGAGCUUUACCUGGAACACCGUUAAACAGAUCUGCGGUUCCGGAGCUCAUCGAUGAGGCGUGUAGAGAAGCGGAGCUUUACCACCAGGAGGGAGUAGAUGGGUUGCUGAUUGAGAACAUGCAUGAUGUGCCGUAUGUGUGUGAGUCGGGGCCGGAGGUGUGUGCGGUGAUGACGGCUGUGUGUUCUGCAGUGAAGCGUCUGUGUCCAGGCCUCCCUGUCGGUCUGCAGGUUCUUGCAGCCAGUAACCGAACAGCGCUGGCUGUCGCACUCGCAUCCGGGCUGGAGUUCAUCCGAGCCGAGGGCUUCGUCUUCUCUCACGUGGCUGAUGAAGGCCUGAUGAACGCGUGCGCUGGUGAACUGCUGCGAUAUCGCAAACACAUCGGAGCAGAACACAUUCAGAUAUUUACUGACAUAAAGAAGAAGCACAGUGCGCACGCUCUCACAGCUGAUGUGAGUAUCACUGAGACGGCGAGGGCGGCUGAGUUUUUCCUCUCUGACGGCGUGGUCGUCACCGGACCUGCGACUGGCGUCCGGGCGAAUCCACAGGAACUGAGCGAGGUGACACGCUCGGUCCGGAUCCCGGUUCUGAUCGGUUCUGGAGUGACUCGUGAUAAUGUGGAAGAUUAUCUGCAGGCGAACGCGCUGAUCAUCGGGUCACACUUUAAAACCGGCGGCCGCUGGGAGAGCAGCGUGGAUCCCGACAGAGUGCGGAGGUUCAUGCAGAAAAUCCACAAACUGAGGGAUAAAAAUCAAAUAUGAAACAUGGAGGAGUUCAGAA